UCGAGUUUGUUUAGUUAAAGGCAUCAGUUGACUUCUGUGAUCAUGGUGAAAAUGCUGCUGUAAGGCCUUCGGGAGACGAUGGAGAAAAAAUGGACAUACCGUGCUGUCUAUUCCAUCAUCCAGAUACAUUUUGUCAGGGGAAUAUGGGAAGGAAAAUUCAGCGCAGGAGAAGACAUUUAUGCUUUACCUGGCUCUGAUGUCAAUCUGACCUGCCAAACUCAGAAGAAAGCCAUCUUGGUGCAAAUGCAAUGGUCCAAGGUCACCGAAAAGGAGGACCUCAUUGCCCUUUAUCACCCCCAACAUGGCUUCUACUGUGCUGGUGGGGUUCCCUGUAAGUCACUAGUGACUUUCACAGAAACUCCUGGGAACGUGUCAACAUGGACGCUGCACUUAAGGAACAUGUCCUCCUCACUCAGUGGGAAGUAUGAGUGCAGCUUUAUUUUUUACCCACUAGGCAGUCAGACUAAAAUCUACAACCUUGGUAAGCACAAAUAUGUAUUAUGUGCCAACUAUUGGCCAAGCAUGGUACUAAUUACACAGGAAGAAUGGAGAAGCCACAAUACAAUAGAAAUAGAGAUAAAUCAGACUCUGAAAAUACCAUGCCUUCAAAAUAUCUCCUCGGGAAUUUCAUCUGAGUUCACCUUUGCAUGGUUGGUGGAAGAUAAUGGAACUCAGGGAACACUUUUCACCUGGGAUCACCGCAUCAGCAAAUCCACAUUAUUUAAAGACAGAGUCAAGCUAGGUGCAGACUAUGGGCUCUACCUCUCUCCAGUCCAAAUCCACGAUGAUGACCGGAAGUUCUCUUGCCACGUUACAGUCAGGCCUGGCAAAAUCUUGAGUGGCUCCACCACGGUCAAGGUUUUUGCUAAGCCAGAAAUCCCCAUGAUUGUGGAAAAUAACUCCAUGGAUGUCUUGGGAGAGAGAACAUUUACCUGCUCACUGAGGAAUGUAUUUCCUACAGCAAAUCUCACAUGGUUUAUAGACAGAAGUUUUCCUCAAGGUGAAAGAGAAGAAAUAUACAUUACAAAUGAAGAGAGAAAAGACAAAAGUGGAUUUUUGAACAUAAAGUCUGUUUUCACAAGGGUGUAUGGCAAUGAACCAGCCCAAUCAAACAACCUGACCAUCUGGUGUGUGGCUCAGACUCCAGUGCCUGGAAAUAAAGUGUGGAAUAUCUCAUCUGAAAAGAUCACUUUUUCCUUGGGCUCAGUAAACCCUCCGACAGAUCCUGCACUAGGUAUUACAGAAUCUACCCUUGGCACCCAGCCUUCUCCAGCCAACAACAUAUCUCCCACAGGAUAUCUAGCUACGUCUUCAAUGGCCCCUGUAGAUGUGAGCACCCUGACUCCGAACAACACACCGCAAACAAGCAAUUCCAGUGUGACUACCCAAGGCUUCAACUACUCCUGGACCUCCAGUGGGAAAGACAUCAAAAACUCAGCUUCAUGGAUGCCCAGUGAAACAUACAGUUCACUCCCCUCAGGUGCGGGCUCCACACUUCAUGGUGAUGACUUCAUCAGCACAACCAAAGAAUUUCCAGAAGUUUCCACAACUGCCAAUAGAUCUACUAAAAAUAAUGACAUCCAUAUCACUGUUAUUGUGACUAAGAAGCCCAAAGAUGGAACAUCCUGGCCAGUAUUGGUAGCAGCUUUGCUCUUUUUAUGCCUGGUAUCAUUUGGUCUUGGAGUGAGAAAAUGGUGUCAAUACCAACAAGAAAUCAUGGAAAGACCCCCACCUUUCAAGCCGCCUCCACCUCCCAUCAAGUACACUUGCAUCCAAGAGUCCAUUGGAAGUGAUCUACACUGUCACGAGAUGGAAGCACUCUAAUCCUUUGAGACUUUGCCAAACAAUGAAACUCUGCUAGAAUCCUAUUGAGCAGGUUGAUAUUUUGUUUAUUAAGUAUUCGCCCUCUGGCCAAGCCUCUUCUGUGGAUGUCUGAAGAGAAUGACCUGUUUUCCCAGCAACUUGUCCCCUUUCAUCUGAGUAUGCCUUUACAGAAGAGUGAGAGGAUAUGUUAUGCUGACAUCCAAUGCAAUCUGCAGGAAUGUCCUUGCUUAUGUAAGAAGUGCAAAUUAGGCUGCUGCCAUAAAAAAUGCUUGCAGUGUUUUAUUUUUCAUUUUAAUUAUCUGAUUGAGGUGACAACAAUGGUUUCGAGCAUAUGUCUGUAACAGAGCUUUUUUCUCUUUGGGCAUCUGCCAACAUUCUAAACUGUUUGCCAAAAUCAUGAUAAUCUCUGAGGUUUUUUGCAUUUCCUAGGAAAAUUACAAGAAGAAAAUGUGAAAGUUCUAGCAGGAGUUGGAAAUUCUGUUAUUUAUUUUCAGUGGAGAAAAACAGGAUAUCCCGCAUAAGAACCCCAUUCCAAUACCCCUUCACCUUUCUCCCCAGUACAUUCAGCCCAGGCUCCUGCCCCAUGGGAUAGGGAAGUCUCAAAGAGAUAACUACUCAGCAACCAUGUAGCCUAGUAGAUACAAACCUGAACUGGCUUCUGAAAUUAUAUUAGCUAAGCGUGAUCUCAUUCUUGGCUUUACGUGUGUGUGUGUGUGUGUGUGUGUGUGUGUGUGUGUGUGUGUGUGUGUAACACUGGCAAACUGGUAUAUAAGUAAACAGACAGCCUAACCCUAAUAUAACUCAUUUAAUUCCCAUUAUUCUCUUUCUCAUCUGGGGACCUCUCUGUUCAUCCAAUGUGCCUGUUUUGAUAUGUCUUGAAACAAAUAAAGAACCUCAAAUCAGACCAGCAUUGAUGAGUUAACCCUGUGCCUGCCAAUCUUUUAUAAAACAGUUCAAACAGAACAUACAGGUGGUGGGGAAAGAAACCGAGUCAUCCUGACCUGCUCUGUUUUCAGGAA